AUGGUUCAUCUGUGCAAGCUUGCGGCCGUUGUGGCUUUGGCUGUUGCGGCACCUUCUGCUGCCAUUGAUCCUAAUGCUAUUUAUGACGGAGGCAUCAAGGGGAACAAUGGGACAAUCCAGCUUGCCAUUGGCAACGGCGGUGCCGGCCAGAGUGGUCUGAUCAAAGCUCUCGCAGAUGCGUACAUCAAAGAUUCCGUCUCCAACGGCACCAAGCCCUUCAGAGUCGCCUGGUACACCAGCGACACCACCUACAGCAUCCAGUAUCUCCAGUCUGGCCUCAUCGACGUUGGCAUCACCUACAACCCGGCCGCAGAGAAGAUUGCCAUUGACCAAGGCAUCGCUAUUUCCCCCAGCUACUAUGCCUUCCGGGACCACUUUAUACUGGCCGGUCCUAUAGCCAACCCUGCCAACAUCUCCAAGUCGACGGAUAUUUACACCAUGUUUUCACAGAUCAGACAGGUUGCUGAGAAUGAAGUGACUACACCACCUGUGCGAUUCUUGAGCCGUUACGACAAAUCUGCUACCAACAUUAAGGACACCCUGCUGUGGGCUAGCAUUGGCCAGGUCCCUUGGGCUACUGCUUACUCUACCUGGUAUCACCAAUACAUUGCCUUCCCCAUCCAAGCUCUCACUGCUGCCAUUCUGCUGAAUGAGUACACCAUCACUGACCGUGGCACGUAUCUGUCUUUGGAUGCCAAGCUGCGCAACCAGAUGGUCAUUUACAAGGCCGGCUCGGAUAGUGCUGACGAUCCUCUUCUGAACCCUGCCCAUCUUUUGGUCGGAAAGAAGGCGCCUCAUCCAAAGGUGGCUGUCGACUUUGCCAAAUGGGUGGUUGGCAAGAGAGGACAGGCUGUGAUUGUCGGGUUCAAGAAGGACGGCCAGCAGCUGUACAGCCCGGCGCCGUCGAAUUCCACUGCCUAA